CGGCGGGCUGCGGAGGAUGCUGAGGCUGCUGCUGUGCUUGUGUCGCGUUGGUGUUGGUAGUGCGAGACUGCGUGCAUUGGGGUGCAACACCAGCAUCAUGGCUGCGAAGCGGAGCGCAAGUCAGAUUGCCUGUGACGGCACACGGCAGGCGCAUGUUACAUCGCCCAUGCCACAUGCUGCUUUGUACGUGGGCGAUGAGGCGUCGGACAUUGGGGAAAGCGUGGCGAAGAUCGCCUGCGUGUCACACAGCCCACCAACAACACCAACAACACCAACAACGCCAGCAGCAACCACACGAGCCACAGCCGCAACACCAGCGGUCACAGCAACGCACACAGUAGUAGCAGCGCCCACGCCAGACACAACACACACGCCGUCCCACUGCUCAACAUCAUCGACAGAAUUAACACGUUGUGCCAGGAACAACAGCGCCAGUAACGCUCUCCCAACCUCAAAGAGAGCACUCUCAACAACCCGGGCUGCAAGGAAAGCCAAAGCCCCAGCGCACCCUGUUCCAAGCGUCAUGGUCUGGGUUGGGCUAGGAAACCCCGGCAGUGCAUACAAGCACACGCGGCACAACCUCGGCUUUAUGGCUCUGGACGCUGUGGCUGCUGCAAAGUCGCUCACAUGGACCAAGGACCGCAAGUGCAAGGCCAUGACGUGCUCCUUCGAGACGGGCGGCGUCAAAGUGCACAUGCUCAAGCCCCUCACUUAUAUGAACCUGAGCGGGGACGCGGUACGCAGCUUCCUCCGCUACGCCAAGCCACUCGCCAAUGCGGAAACCGCACAGUCCAAGACGGGCGGUGGUGGCAGUGCAGCGGCAGCCCGGUGUGUGCUGGCCGUGUGCGAUGACCUUGACCAGCCGCUCGGGAGAAUGAAGCUGAAGUUGAAGGGGUCCGCCGGCGGCCACAACGGGCUCAGGUCCAUUGAGCAGCGGCUGGCAUCGCAGGAGUACAUGCGGCUGCGGCUUGGGAUUGGGCCGAUGGCUGGGCGAACCACCACGGCCAAGCGCGCUGUGCAGGACUUUGUGCUCACGCACUUUGCGUCGGAUGAGCAGGACGCGCUGGAGCGUGUGGUGGCGCAUGCGCGCGAUGCGUUGCUGCUGCUCACGCGUGAGAACAACUUGGACAAGUGUAUGACUGCCAUCAAUGACAAAGCGAGCCCCUUCCAAGUGACGUGAUCUCACCGUCGUCCUCCCAAUCACCCGCACUGUUUGUGUGUGUGUGUGUGUGUGUGUGUGUGUCUGUCUGUCUGUCUGUGUGUGUGUGUUUGAAUUGAAAGUUGCCAAGGCUUUGUGUAUUGGUGGUGUGUAUUGUGGUAGGCUUUGAUAUUAAGACGUCCAAAUUAAUUAGCAGGUCGGUUAUGUGCCCGUUAAAAAAAAACACA